GGUCCGUCUCGUUAUAACGUUAAACGACAUAAAAUCAUACAUACGGGAGAGAAGCCAUACAAGUGCAAUUGGCCGGGAUGUGAGUGGAGUAGUGCUAACAAUAAGAUAGCCGACCACAAGAGAAUACACACCGGCGAGCGGCCAUACGCUUGCAAUUGGGUUGGAUGUGAGGCCCGAUUCAGUCGACCCUUUACUCUGCGAAAUCACGAGCGGACGCACACCAAAGAGAAGCCAUUUGUAUGCGAUUACCCCAACUGUGACUUCAAGUCAUCGCAACAAACGCCAUUGACGGCUCAUAAGCGAAAGCAUCACAACUCGUCCGCAAACAUAGCUUCAGAAGAGAGCAUUAGUUUAGUUACUAAUUAUGAAACUGUGGAGACAUUAGGCCUCACUUCAUGAUAGUGUCAUAAUCGGCGACGAAUGACAUGAUAUAUAAACCA